AUGAGCAACGAAAUAAACUGCAUUGCACUGAUAGGCAAACAGAACAAUCCGUUAUACCUUAAAAACUUCAGCAACACACAUCCCGAUUUAAAAUACCAUUACAUUGCCCACACAUCCAUCGAUGUGAUUGAAGAACGCGUUGCUAGUGGACCGAAGAACCUCGACCUAUAUUUAGGCCUUCUAUAUGCCAUGGAAGACCUAGCCGUAUACGGUUAUAUGACAAACACGCGCGUCAAGUUUGUUGUCGUGGUAUCGGUAACUGAAGGAAUUAUUCGCGAUGCAGAAAUGAAAGCAAUUUUCAAAAAAAUCCAUUCGGCCUACUUAUCACAAAUAUGCAAUCCAUUCUACAACCUCAAUAUCCAACGUUCUAUCGACAGCAAGGCGUUCAUACGAGCCAUUGAAGCUAUUGGCGUCAAUGCUAAUGCGAAAGCGACCAUGGAUAUAUAG